GGCGACUAUGAGUUGGCGAAGUUCAUUCUGGUGACCAAUUGCUGUCCGCCUGCCAAACGCAAGUGUCUGCAUGUAGCGCUUGAGCAAGCUGCCCUCAAGGGUCACAUGCAAAUCGUGCGCUUGUUGGUGAGGCAUGGAGGCGACAUCGACCGGUCGGAUGAAUUCCUUGAUCCGCCCAUUUUCGCAGCUAUUCGGGGACGCUGCAUGCCUGUCAUCCAAUACUUCGUGUCAUUUGGUGCCAACAUGGAGGUGAGGAACAAGAGGGGCUGGACACCGCUCAUGCUGGCGGCGAGAAUCGGAGGGGAGAAGAUGGUGGAUUGCCUCCUAAACGCUGGCGCUGACGUGCACGCGACAGCCACAGGAGAGAAGACAGCGUGGUCCAUCGCCUAUGAACGUGGUCACAAGGCAAUAUGCAAACGCAUUUCCGAUGCUAUGGGACGUAAUCUUGACAAAUAA